CGCGUUGGUGUGUUUUCUGUUCCCUGCGGCCACAGAAGUGUUUUCAACUUACGAAACACUUGCGCAAACUUUGUCCCCAGAACGAACUACUUUACGUCUUUCGGUUGUUUUCUAUGUCAAGAAACGAGGAUGCAACCUCCACCGAGAAAGGUCCGGGUCACCCAGGAGCUGAAACACACUCACGCAGAGCAGACGAACAGAUUACAAAUCAAACACCAGACGGAGUGUGACCUCCUGGAGGACCUGAGGACCUUCAGCCAGAAGAGGGCGGCUGUAGAGAGAGACUACGCCCAGGUGAGUAAAUCUCUGUCGUCGCUGAAGCUCGUUAGCGUCAUCGCUGCUCUGCCUUUUCAUUUGCGUCGCUAAAAGAAAUACGGUUUAGCUUUCACGACGCCGUUCCCUCAAAGACGCCAUAAUAUGACAAAGUCGAGGUUGAGGAUGUGGUCCCUUCAGAAAGCUCUUUGUUCUCUCGUGGCUCAUGAAUGAAGACAAACCACAACAGAACCAGAGACCAGGAGUGAUCCGCCGGCUCGUUUCCUCCUCGCUGUGUUGUUUAACCCGCAGCUUCCUGCAGACGUCUGAAGAAUCCCUUCUUGCCUCUUUGGCUGUGUUCAGGUUUUUUGCAGCGCUGUGAGGAAUGUCCACCACGGCUGUGAAGAGAGGGGGCACGUCUGUCGUUAUCCAACCAGCAACCUUACAUGUCUGUUUGCCCAUGAGCAUCUGGUCCUAAGGGGGGGGGGGGGCUCAAAGAGCAGCACUUGUUGUGAACGGCCGGUCUUAAAUGAGCCAAAUAGACUGAACCAGAGUUGGAAAAGUACUUAAGUACAUUUUGAGCUACUUCUACUCGGCUACAUUUAUCUGACAGCUUUAGUUACUUUACAAAUUGAGAUUUUUUCACACAAAAUAUGUAAAGAGUUUAUAAAAAUGAUGAAUUUUUCUUAUGAAUUAAACUAAAAACAGUUCAUCAUGCUGCAGUGACACAGAGCCGGCCAAAAAGGCAUAAGAACGGGCAAGCUAGUAAAUAGCAAAGUUGUCCAUUUUAUUACUUUAUGUAAUAAAUAUACAAAUGUCAAUUAGACGGAAAAACCAGGCGGCAAC